AUGAACUUAUACAGAGAAGCAGAGCAAUUCAUUGAGCAUAACCCUAAAAGUGGCUCCUUGCAAAAUCGAAUAUUUGAUGCCUCUAGAAAUAAGAAAAUAAAAAACAACCCAAAACAUGUAUAUGCUUUGGUGUACUCCGCAUCAAGGUAUAAAAAGUUCUUGAAGCAGAUUAUCAGGAAUUCCAAACUUCUAGAGGACAAAAAAAUAAGAGCUAAGGAGCCCUUGCUGAUUUUGAUGGCUCAUGAUCUACUAUUCUCCAAGAAUGGAAGGAUUCAAAGCGGUAAGCACCCACUGAAAGAUGCUUUCUUAGCACAUAAAACGAGAUUGCAAGCAGAGCUGACCAAGUUGAAGAUUAAAUAUAAAGUUAAAGAUUUGGAAGAGUUGAUAGAAGAUGAUGACACUCCUGUUAGAUGGGUCAGGGCCAAUUUGCUGAAGACUUCUAGAGAGAAGUUCUUGAAUGAAUUCAAACAUCUCAUUCAAGUUGAAUCUUUUCAAGAGCUGGAAGUUGGCAAAAUAUAUCAUGACCAAUACAUACCAAACCUGUUUGGAGUUCAUCCGAGGGAAAAAAUUACUUCAACAGAUGCAUACCUGAAGGGGAGACUUAUUAUUCAAGAUAGGGCUUCUUGUUUCCCCGCACAUAUUCUCCAUCCCAGUCCGGGUGACAAAAUCAUAGAUACAUGUUCAGCUCCAGGAAAUAAAACCACGCAUCUGGCUAGUUAUCUCGGUAACAGGCCCGACUCCAUAAUUGCCUUUGAAAAAGAUCCUAAAAGGGCAGAAGUUCUCAAGACUUUGUGUGCAAAGGCUGGUGGAUUGUCGUGCAUUGAUAUUCAAGUUGGGGACUUUACAGCUACAAACCCUGAGGAUUAUACCGAUAUUGAUGGGUUUGUAAUAGAUCCCUCAUGCUCUGGAAGUGGCAUUUUUGGAAGGGCUUUUGAAGAAAACGAACAAGAUGAAACCUACGACGAUACCAGACUUUCCAAACUGGCAAGUUUCCAAUUUACUAUAGUGAGACAUGCCAUGAUGUUUCCUAACGCUAAAAAACUAACCUAUUCAACAUGUUCUGUUCACCCUCAAGAGAAUGAAAGAGUGGUUGUCGAUUUACUUAAGGAUUCACAAGUCCAAGCGAAGGGUUGGAAGUUGUGCACUAGAGAUGAAGUUAUUCCUGAUUGGAAUCGACGAGGAUUUGAAGAAGAGUUCUCUACCUUUGAAAACCCUAAGGAAUUAGCGGAAGGUUGCAUUCGAUCAAAGCCUAAGGAAGAUGGAGGCAUCGGUUUCUUCGUGGUAGCAUUCAAACGUGAUAUUGGUAUCUAG